UGGCUGGCCAAAGGCGAAGUCAGAAGCAUCAAUAGCUCUAUCCUUGCCCAGCUGGUUGACUCCAGACAUCGUGUGGACCCCAGCGAAGCCUUUAAGGUAAUUUACAAGGUCCCGCCAAACUACCCAAAGUCCCUGGGUCAGCGGUUUGCUAGCAACAGCAGAAGCAACCGCGAUCCGGUUGGGGAAGCCGGUCCUGUGCUCGCAGACGAACCUCCCUAA